AUUCAAGUAGCAUCUCCCUUAGUUUACUUCCUGUCCAUGUGGUGCGUGUGUGAAGAGUGCAUACUUACACUUUUUUUGGUUUUGGAUUCAACUGAUUUACACAUUUGAAGCGUCUUCGACAGUUGAGUCGAAUCACAGAUCAACAUGGGCCCGGCUUCCAAAAGGAACAAGAAAAAGAAGCCUAGCUUCAGAAAAUUACUGAAAACCAGCAAUCUGAAGCUGGAAAACAAACAGAAGAAUCGGCAGUUUAAGCAACAGAGCUCAGCUAAGAAACAACGCAAAGAACAUAGGAAACUUCGGCAAGCCAUUACAGAUGUCUCCCAUAAGACCCUCAAACCCCUGGAGCGCUAUAAGAAGAGACCAGAAGGGGAAGAAGAGGAGGACGAGGAGGAGUUCCUGGAGUCUCUGCCUGUAGACAUGAUGGAUGAGGAUGACCUCGAACAGAUCAGAGCCAUGGCAAAGAAAGCUUCCUUCCUGACUCGAGACAUCUCAUCCUGCGCUCCAGUACAUGCCAAAAAGCGCAAGUCCGAGCAGCAGGUGAAGAAGUAUGAGAAGAUGCCCAGGAAGAUGCAGCAGGAGGAAGAGAAAGAACUCAUUCAUCUGCUGCCCAUCAAAGACAAGAGCGGCCUGAUCCCUCAGAGCAUGGAGAAACCCGUUGUGCCGGAGGCAGAGGAAGAGGAGGAACCGAUCGACCAGGAUGAGUUAAAUAAAGAGGAGGAACCCGAGAGCGUUCCAUUGUUAACUCCUCAGGAGCAACUAGAGCUUCGCACUGAGAGACUGACGGAGAAGAAACUGCGCAUCGCAAGUCUGUCGUCUGCAGUACUCGCAGAUCCACAUGUCAAUAUCAAGAAGCUGAAGGAGUUGAGGGCCAUGCUGAUGGAGACGGACCCGUGCAUCGCCGUCACGGUCAGAAAGCUAGUCAUGGUGUCCCUCCUGGAGGUGUUUAAGGACAUUGUGCCGUCGUAUCGAAUCCGACCGCUGACGGAAGAGGAGAAAGCUACAAAGGUGAAAAAAGAGACGCUGCAGCUGAGGGAGUUUGAGGAGGGUCUCGUCAGCCAGUAUAAGUUUUUCUUGGAAGAUCUGGAACAGACAGUCAAAGACUGGAAGCAGAAGAAGCAGAAGAGAAGUCAGGCCGUGUCUCUUCAGAGUUAUAAAGGUCUUGCUGAAGUGGCCAUCAGGUGCAUCUGUGAUCUCCUGGUAGCUCUGCCACACUUCAAUUUCCACAACAACAUCGUAGUCAUGGUGGUGCCUCUGCUGAGCGACCCCGACAGAAAGGUGUCUGAGAUGUGUUGUGAAGCCGUCAGGAAACUGCUGAAGCAGGAUAAACUGGGUCAGGCCUCAUUAGCGGUGGUGAAGGUCAUCUCAGGCAUGGUCAAGGGCAGGAACUACAAGGUCAAACCUGAGGUGCUGAACUGUCUUCACUGUCUGAGAAUAAAAGAAGUGGAAAUGAAGAAAGAUACAGAAGAUACUGCGCCAAAAAAGAAGUUCAUGUCCUUCAAGGAGAAGCGGACAAAUUUGUCCAGGAUGCAGCGGAAGUGGAAGAAAGCAGAGGAGAAGCUACAGAAAGAGCUUCUAGAAGCUGAGGCUUCAGAGAGCAAGGACAAGAAAAUUAAAUUGCACACAGAGACGCUGAACAUUGUGUUUCUCACCUACUUCAGAAUACUGAAGAAAGCUCAGAAGUCCAUCUUACUGCCCUCCGUUUUAGAAGGUCUUGCAAAGUUUGCUCAUUUGAUAAACUUGGAGUUCUUCGAUGAUUUGUUGGCGGUGCUGUACGGCCUCAUCACAUCAGGUGAUCUGACGUAUCGCGAGAGCCUUCACUGCAUCCUCACCUCCUUCCACAUCCUCUCAGGACAAGGUGACGUCCUCAACAUCGACCCUUUGAAAUUCUACAACCACUUAUACAAAACGCUGCUGACGCUGCACGCAGGAGGAACGAACGAGGACACGGCGAUCGUGCUGCAGUGUCUGGACGUCAUGCUGACCAAACGCAGGAAGCAGGUGACUCUGCAGAGGGCGCAGGGCUUCCUGAAGAGACUGAGCACGCUCGGGCUGCACCUGCUGCCUGACUCCUGUGUGGGCAUCCUGGCGGCCAACAGAGCGCUGAUGCAUACCUUCCCUAAGUGUGACAUCCUGCUGGAUAAUGAGAUGCAAGGCAGUGGUGUGUAUCUGCCAGAGCUGGAUGUGCCCGAGUACUGCAACCCUCAGAACACGGCACUGUGGGAGCUUCACUUACUGAAGAGACACUAUCACCCUAUGGUGAGGAAGUUUGCGGCUCAUCUGAUGAAAGGUGCCCCUAGUGAAGGGUCAGGUGCUCUCAGCAUGGAGCUCAGCAGAAGGACUCCAGUGCAGCUGUUUGAAGACUACAGUGUUAAAGACAUGACCUUCAAUCCUCCUGUUGCAGGACCUCCCUCAAAGAAAAAGGAACAUUUCACAAUCGGUGAUGCGUUUUUAGAUUCGGAGCUGAAGACGCUGAUUGAUGCUGCGCUUCAAAACGAGAGCGAGCAGACGAGUCUAGACUUCACAUCACAACACACACAGCAGGAAACAUCCAUUUAAGAGCGGUUUUGUAGACAAUAAAUGCUCCCAAGAUACCAGCAGAGUCUUUAUUGAGUUUAUCAUGGCCACUGCCGUUUCACCAAACAUGGAUUUUUUUUCAACACUAUUUAUUGAUGCGGUUGAUUCAGUGGUUUCAAGUAAACAAAUAACCCAAUAUUGACAUCACAAUAUUGAUGAUACAUUCCUAUAGAGCUUUAAGUGUGCUGAAAACCAUCACAAGUAGAACAGUCAGAAGUUCUUAGAUUAUCAAAUAACAGCAUUGUGUCGCACUAAACACUUGCUUGUUCGAAACAAAGCGAUGGGAAAUUUACAUUGAAAAGAUAUUAAAGGACAUAAUGCUGUAGUGGACCACAUAAAAAAUACACUUCAAUGGUGCCUACAUUCACUUAAGUGUCAAAAUAUUUAAUAUCUCAGAAGACAGUGCUAAAAAUCUAAAUUACAAACAUUAUACAUGAAUACAGUACGAACAGGUUGGAGGAACAUUCAUGCCCUUACGAAUAAAUUAAUGCAGAUUUCAUAAUUAUGUACUCUCGUUUAUAUGUACACAUCUGGAAAAGUACAGCCAACCUGGGCUAUAACGUUCAAUAAAUUAUGAAAGAUUACACUUCAAGAAAGAAAAUGGACCACUGAAAGGAUUCAACUGCUAUGCAGUGAGUUUAGAAAUAAUUAUACCAAAAUUUUAUGUAACACAAAAAGGGAACUGGCUUUCAAUAAUUACAGGUCAUAUGAGACAUAUAUCAAUGUAUUGAUUCUAAAUUAAAAUAUUCCAAAACGAGCACUACAGUGCCAGUUAAGAUCUCGAGCUCUCCAUAAAUGCAAGAAAAAAAUAUUUGCACUGCAGCUGCAA